AUGGCCGUGAGAAUUGUUUUCUGUCCAUCGUGUAUUGUCUUGCCAUUGAUACGCAAGCUUCAGCAGCACCUAAAGCUCCCCAAGCAAUUCCAUAACGAGCGUUGUUUAAGCAACCGAAUGGACCACUCAUUCCAAUUACAUUUGUUUCCGACGCUCUUAAU